ACAUAAGGAACAUACGUUCAGCAACUUCACGUGUCACAGUUCGCAAUUUUGAUAUUUUUUUGUUAGCAGUGUUUUGGCGAAAAGUUCUAAUAAAUUUUCUCGUGAUCUAAUUGCAUCGACACUCUUUACAGAGAUUAUCAAAUAACAGAAAGAUGGCUUCAGCUGCUGACGCGAGGGUUUCGCUCUGUGGAAAGUUGGGUUUGAAACCAUUGAACACCAACAAUAUACUCUUCUACUACGCUCCGAUCCAGGGUGUCCUGAGUUACACAGCACUCUCCGUGAAUGUUAUGAAUCCAUCGCUCGUGUUGAGAUUGUUCCCAAAGAAGGAUAUCACGAAUGUGCUUCUCGCUCACACUCUUGUAGGUGCGAGUCUGUAUUUGUAUAACAGACCGCAUAUGAGUAAAUUAACAAAGCAGCAAAAAAUCCUCUAUGGUGCUUUUGGAGCUGUGACAUUCUCAUUGGGUUCAAUUUUAAUUUGGGCUAUACUCAGGAGUGUUGUCCCUCAGAAUGUUGCUCUGUGCACAGCAUGUGGUGUGGGCACUGGUGUUGCCUUACUGAAGAUUGGUAAAGAUUACACAGAGUACCUUGAUUCCCUUGUGGUCAAGAAGUAAGAGUAUGAUGGAGUGGCUUAUUUUAUAUACACAAAAGAACAAUAUGACGGGAUGAGCUGAGAUGCGUUUUUAAGAUGUUGUGGAUGGAAACAAUAGAAAUUUUACUACAAGUAGAUUUUUUUUUGUCGUUGUUAUUUUUUAGUACCAUGUAAUGAUGAUAUUUGCGAUAUUAAUAAAUAAUGCAACUGCCAAUUCGUUUGUUGACUGAAUGUAGGCUUCAAUAUAUUACAUAAACAAUAAAUGAAACUAACGGAUUGUUUA